UAUGUGUUUAUUAUAUUAGUUUGUGUUUAGAUUAUACCACAAAUUUUCGUUAUAUGAGCCUUUUGUUAAAAAAAAAAAAAAAGUCAAAGUCACACAUUGCGGAACGAAGAGGGGCUUGGUGAUAGCAUUGAACCAAUCGAAGGGACCUUUGUGUAAUUAAUAAACGAAUUAGGGUUUAAGUUGUAUUCCAAAUCUUUCGAAAAUAAAACCUCUGUUGAACGAACAGAGAAACUGAAAUACUCCCUCAAAACAAGAAGACAAGGCGAAAUGGCCACCAUUGCUGCCGCAAGAUCCAUUUUCCGAUCAACCUCCGCCCGCAGCGCCGCCGCUAAGUUCGCUUCUGGCACCAAAUCUGCUCGCUCUGCCUUUCGCUCCCCCGUCAAUAACUCACUCUCUCAGCGCAUCUUCAGGUGCCCUGCUGAAUUGAGCGUUUGUUUGGAGACAAUGCAGCCGUUUCAUACUGCAACUGCUUCGGCGUUGAUGACUUCGAUGCUUUCGAUAUCUCCCCGUUGCUAUGGUUGGGUUCCUGAUGGUAUCUAACCCAAAUUCUAGAGCCCUUGAUGCCCUUUCCUUACCUUGGACCAUCUGGCUUUAUCAAGACUAGAUGAAGAGACAAAAGCAAAGGAGGAUGCCUACAGUCUGCUAUGUAGUCCACCUAAAAUAACUAUAUAGUCUUAUCUUUCAGUAGAUCGAUUAUGUGCUGCUUCUUGUAAAAGCAGUGGUGUUGAUCCAUAGAUUUCAUCAAAGGAUAAUUAUAUAUUCUUUUUUUUCCCUUUCCUUCAUUGUUCCUUUGAAGGUCCAUAUGCCUGAUGCAAGGAUCGUUUUCCCUUUUGCGGUUUUGAAUUCUCUAAAUUGCUGUAGAGAUUACGUUCAUUUUUGGUAACAUAUGGUACCUUGAAUUCUCUUUAUUGAUUUUCAUCGUGAUGCUCUCCACACUCAAGGAGUGUUUUGAAAGUGUUUUUCUUA